AAGUGACGCCAUGGAGGAGGCCACGGCUUCCGGUGCGCAGGCCACAGUGGCCCGGCUAGAGAUGGAGGAGUCCGGGGGGAGCUGAUUCUUCUCCUCGCUUCUCCUGCAGCGCGCGGUUGGAGUCCCUUUCGUCGCCGGGUCGUGGGCGGCUGAGGCCUCCGCGUCGUCCUGGCUGCACCCUGGCUUGUUUUGCUUCCUGUUUCUGAGACGGGUGAAAGUGCCUCUCACGAAGGUCAUGAGAACUUGAGUUGCAUACUUUGAAGGAAUUAGAAAAGUCAGAUGAAGUCAAGAGAGUGGUAAAGUGUGGUGGAGGAAAACAGACAUUGCUGUCCUGCUUUGCACUUUGGCAGAGCACUAAGAUGUCCGUGGACAUGAACAGCCAGGGCUCCGACAGCAAUGAAGAGGACUACGACCCAAACUGCGAGGAGGAGGAAGAAGAUGAAGAUCCCGGGGACAUUGAGGAUUAUUACGUGGGGGUGGCAAACGAUGUGGAGCAGCAGGGGGCCGAUGCCUUUGAUCCCGAGGAAUAUCUGUUCACUUGCUUGACUUACAAGGAGUCUGAGAGCACCCUGAACGAGCACAUGGUCAGCCUGGCCUCUGCGUUAAAGGUGUCUCAUGCAGUUGCUAAGCUUGUAUUAGUUAGCUUCCACUGGCAAAUCUCAGACGUUUUGGAAAGACACAAAUCCAAUUCUGCCCAGUUGCUAGUGGAAGCCCGAGUUCAGCCUGCCUCAUCCAAACACGUUAUGGUACAUUCCUCCCAGCACUGUGCAGUAUGUAUGCAGUUUGUCCGAAAGGAGAACUUAUUGUCUCUGGCUUGUCAGCACCAGUUCUGCCGCAGCUGUUGGGAGCAGCACUGUACAGUACUCGUCAAAGAUGGUGUCGGAGUUGGCAUCUCCUGCAUGGCUCAGGACUGUCUGCUCCGGACGCCGGAAGAUUUUGUAUUUCCACUGCUACCUAGCGAGGAGCUGAAAGACAAAUACAGGCGCUACCUCUUCAGAGAUUACAUUGAGAGCCAUUUUCAGCUGCAGCUGUGUCCUGGUGCAGACUGUCCUAUGGUCAUACAGGUACAGGAGCCCAAAGCCCGCAGAGUACAGUGCAAUCGAUGCAAUGAAGUUUUCUGUUUCAAGUGUCGACAGAUGUACCACGCUCCCACGGACUGUGCCACCAUCCGAAAAUGGCUCACCAAGUGUGCAGAUGACUCUGAAACAGCUAACUACAUCAGUGCUCACACUAAAGAUUGUCCCAAGUGCAAUAUCUGUAUUGAAAAGAACGGUGGCUGUAAUCACAUGCAAUGUUCUAAAUGCAAACAUGACUUCUGCUGGAUGUGUCUGGGAGACUGGAAGACUCACGGCAGCGAAUACUACGAAUGCAGUCGGUACAAAGAGAAUCCUGAUAUUGUAAACCAGAGUCAGCAGGCGCAGGCCAGGGAGGCCCUUAAGAAGUACUUGUUCUAUUUUGAGCGGUGGGAAAACCACAACAAGAGCUUGCAGUUGGAGGCCCAGACGUACCAGCGAAUUCAAGAAAAAAUACAAGAACGGGUGAUGAACAACCUGGGGACAUGGAUAGACUGGCAGUAUUUACAGAAUGCAGCAAAGCUACUUGCAAAGUGUCGUUACACGCUACAGUACACAUAUCCCUAUGCCUACUAUAUGGAAUCUGGUCCCAGGAAGAAAUUGUUUGAAUACCAGCAAGCUCAGCUGGAAGCUGAAAUAGAAAAUCUCUCAUGGAAAGUGGAGAGAGCCGACAGUUAUGACAGAGGGGACUUGGAGAAUCAGAUGCACAUAGCAGAGCAGAGGAGGAGGACCCUGCUGAAAGACUUCCACGACACAUAAAGUUGGCAAGAGACAUCAAGGCGCAGGGGCGAGAGCAGGGAGCAGAGUGGCCACAAGAGCAGCGACGGAAGCAGCCGUGUGAGAAACUGGCUCCACCCCUUCGCCAGAGAAGGGCUGAGGACAGCACUGCCCCCUCCCCUCGCAAGCCAGACAUGAGCUAGCACCACAGCUUAGUUCUUUGGGUUUUUUGGGUUGUUUUUUUCUCCUUCUCUUUCCGCUUUUGUUUCUGCCAGGCUGGAGUUCAGAAGUGGGCACCUUUUCCUGGGACAUUUCCCCUAGUUCUUGGUUGUUCUGGGGAGGAGUUCUAAUGUUUCGCCUCCCGAGCGGCUGUUCCUAGUGUUAGACCAUUAAAAACUGAUGUAAUUUUUGACAGUUGUACAAUUACACAAAGCGAAACCUAGAAUGACACGAAACCCUUUUUAACAAAUAAAUUGGAAUUGGAGUGUGUUUUCCUUUUUGAUAAGCUGCUUGUAAAAUCAAUGGCUUUUCUUCUAUUUGCCCCUCCCCUCCCCCCUCCCCUUCCUCCAGUCAUCAUUUGCACCGGUGAUUGUGAAAUAAUACGACUGGCUUUCUGUUAGCCCCUCUUCUGUGCGCUGUUUGUAUUGCUUGUUUCGUGACUGCACGGGAAGACCAGUGGCUGGGCCAGAAGACCAUCAGGAACGGCAAAGGAAUAAGCUUACAGUCCAGUGGCUCUCCCGUUCUUUUCUGGCUACUCAGGGACAGUAGGGCAAAGCUCAAUGUUGGGAAGCUCAGUUCUGCUAUUCCAUGCAUUCUGUUCCUAAUCCAUAAAUCUGAGUUUGUCUGCUGCAUGGAUACGGUGCUUGGCUUUUGUUUCUCUGGACUACUCUCCUCUGCCAAAAAAACUAAAAAUGCUGCAAGGGAUUAUAACACCACAUCUUUCCCCUUGAUGCCAUCAUAAACAGGCGUCGGCUUUGCUCCAGAGCAGCAGGAACAAGCUGUGUUCUGUCCGGGCCUUGCAUAUCUGUGCAACUCGAUCACUUACAAACCUGAUCCUGUACAUGACUGUAAGGCGAUACAUCCACUUUGAUUCCUCUUGCCCUGGCAAAACCAGACCUCCCCGCCACUGCAUCAAGGGAAAGCUGUUCUGCUUAACAUGCUGCUUGAUAAAAAUCUUGGCAGCGUAAGGCAAAUCCGCAGAAACAUGUGCCAAUGGUAAACUUACACUGUUUCCCUGGGAACUAUUCUGCCACCGGUUGUAAAGCAGCUGGCAAAUUUGGCAGCAGAGGGGUGUACAUUACUUAGUAUGAAGGUUUGCGGGUGGCGUGUAAUGGACAGAGGACUCUGGAAUGUGUUUAAAUGUGAUAUCGCCUCUAUUCGAUUUAGCAAGGAGCUAGCUUUGCAACCAUCGUACAGAAAACCUAAGGGUAUGGACUUUAUAUGGACUGUAACAUACAUAGGGAGAUAGAACCGCUGGCGUUCUCCUGGAGUUGCUAUGAUUGCUGGACACAAAUGCAAACAUCCAGUUUCUUUGCUGCUUUCUGUGACCAUUAUUGCACUGAGCACUUCUUUGUGCGUGGAUCAUGAACUUUUCGGUUGGAUCAGAAGGCUUGACCGGGGAUUAUUGUUCUGUGCUUAGUGUGCUUGUUUUUAUAGGCCUUUACAGUGGGAAACUUCUUAAAAUUAGUGUUGGCUUUUGUCCUAGACCUUGCCACCUUCUCUCUCUUCAGCUGCUGCUACUACCUCAAGCGCACUCCAAGGAAAAUUAUUUUGCCCAUCGCUUGGUUUUUCCUUGAAAUAAAUGGCUCCAGGAUGUAAACAUACACAGAUCCAGCACACAUGCUAAUUAAUCAAAGAUUAAAGAAGCGUGAAAGAAGAUACAGGUUACAUUAUAAUUUCCUAGGACACAGAAUACAAAGAACCCCCCACCCCACCCCCACAAUUAUUCUCCCCUCACUUCCCGUUGUGUUUGUUCCUUCUGCUUCCCCAGUGGUCUCUUGUAGCUGCUACAUCAUGAUGACCUCAACAGGCUUGUUCCUUUGAACCUGUCUUUAUCCCCUCCCCUAUAUUAAUGAGCUUUAAGGAAGGGGUCAUGACAUGUAAUUGUGUUCCCUUGGCUGUAGAUGUUUUUAUUUCUCUGUUUGAAGUCCACGUUUGGACCCUGACAAUAUAUAAAAAGAGGAAGAGAUCAUCUUUUUAGCAAAUGCAAAAAGAUACUUCAGUGUGUGUGUGAUGUUGAUCAGCAGGGUAUGGUAACAUUCAUUCCACUGUUGGUUUGAUGAGAUGCUGUGCAUAAAGCACUCGUGCUGGAAUUUGUUGUUAGCGCAACUAUUGUUGGCCAAAGAUUAGCCUCUUGAUAGGAGAGUUGCAGUUAAUUCCUGCUGUUAAAUGCCAGCCUGAUCCGCUGGUUUCCUUAUGUUUAUGCUCAAUCUGCCGAGCAUCAGGUGUGUCCUCAUCUGUGCAGGUUUAAUUUAGGCAGGAUCUGUGUGGCUCACUGAACUAGCAUAGUAGGGGCUGCAUGACUCUCUAGCCCUGAACUGCCUGUCACAAAAGAUCCACUUGCAGCUUGCGCACGGCCACACAGCCCAGAAAACCCACAACAACCAAUCAAGAUUCUAAUUUUGUGGCCCUAGAAUUUUCAGCUAGAUCAGCAGUCCCAUAUUCAAACUGUUUGACCCACACCGAAAGGCAAAAUAAGGAUGUGUUAAUAAAUGUUUGUUUCAGGUGUGCUGUAGAAAGCCCAACUUGGUUCAUGCCCGGGCUGCCAUCUCUUUUGCAACAGGUAGUAUUUGUUUGUGUUAACAACUGUUUUGUUCUAGGAAGUUUUCAGAUCAAAUCAGGGUGUUUAUCUUUCCAGUACAACCUUCCUAUUUCAGAACUGCAUGAUGCGCCGGUUUAAAGGAAGUUUGUAAUUGAUGGGGGCAGGCUGCAGAAAGCUUAAAAUUAAAGCUUGUGCCAUAUCGAGCCUGUUGCCAUGGCAAGACUGCUAGUGAGAAUGAAUGGCUGCUGAGACCAGUGUGUGUAAACAGGUACUCUCCCCCACCCCAUAGUAAAUUAAUGUCCAACUUCUGAGAGCUCCAAAUGUCAGCUUCGGUGCUCCUUUCAUUUUCUGCCAGGACUCUUUUAUUUAUUAUUUUCUAAUUGGUUCGGCGCACCUUUGAACUCCAGUGCUGUUUUAUUUUGGCUUGGCUUACAGUUAACGUGUUCGGUUCUUUUACAAAGAGAUGCGGACCUCCUAAGGCAAUAUCUCUGCACCAGCUUCAAAUAGUGAACACUGGAGACAUUCAGGUGACACGGAAUUCAGGCAGGCAGGGGAGUCUGUGACCCCAGAAUUUGCAUGGCCAUGCCAAAAGAAGCUGCUCAGUCAGGAGAGAUCUUCUAACCAGUUGUGUACUUGCAGUCUCAUAGCACACCUCCUUGUAGCAGCAGAGGAGUUCUCUGACAGUCUAAGCUGCAUGCUGUUACUGUUCUGCACACAGUGUAACUUACCUGUCUGUACUCCAGGAAGAACCAGAGACUACUUUCUAUAUCAUUGCACUGUCUCAAUUCACUUAACAAUUUUUAAAAAAAAAAAUACGUUCACCAUUUUUCACGGAAAAGCCUCUUCUGUGUGCUCACUCAAGUCUGGACUGUUCCAAGUUUUCAGGUAGUAGCUUCUGCUAUGGGAGCUUUUUUUUAAUUAUGCAGAGUGAUACAUUAUCAUGGCUGCCUUUGCUCUCUCCCUCACUGAGUUACAGGGGUGACGCAAUCUCAAGAAACUGCCAACCCUUUUCUGGCAUUAGGGAGGAAGGGGCAAAGAAAAAAAGCCCUUAAGACACCCCCCCCCCAAUUGUUUAUUUGAAAUAAAUUGUGAAUUUCUAAUUUUAAAA